GUGGUCGAUAGUUUAGUGUAUUUCUUCGCCACAGUGUUGUUGUCGUGAAUAUAAUUUGUAUUGUUGGUAUACCUGGCAACACGAUUUGACCAGGCAAAAAUCGUAAUCAUGGCGGCUACGAAUCUUGAAGACAAUGCUAUGUGGGAAGAUUCUGAGGAAUCUUUAGGAGAGGAGGUGUUGCGGAUGCCCACUGAUGAAGUUAUUGGCCGCACGAGGUUGCUCGACAAUGAGAUUAAAAUCAUGAAGAGUGAAGUGAUGCGCAUUUCUCAUGAGCUGCAAGCACAGAACGACAAAAUUAAGGACAACGCUGAGAAGAUCAAAGUCAACAAAACCCUGCCUUACCUCGUCUCCAAUGUCAUCGAGCUGCUUGACGUUGAUCCUCAAGACAUGGGUGAGGAGGACGGAUCAGUUGUUGAUUUGGAUGCACAGAGGAAGGGAAAGUGUGCUGUCAUUAAGACUUCUACUAGACAAACAUAUUUCCUUCCUGUGAUUGGGCUGGUUGACGCUGAAAAGUUGAAACCAGGUGACCUGGUUGGAGUCAACAAAGACUCCUAUCUGAUUUUGGAAACUCUGCCGGCUGAGUAUGAUGCCCGAGUAAAGGCUAUGGAAGUGGACGAGAGGCCUACGGAACAGUAUUCUGACAUUGGUGGUCUGGACAAGCAGAUCCAGGAGCUCAUUGAGGCUGUCGUCCUUCCAAUGACCCACAAAGAAAGGUUCGAAAACCUUGGAAUUCAGCCUCCAAAGGGCGUCCUGCUCUACGGCCCCCCUGGAACUGGCAAAACUUUGUUGGCAAGAGCUUGCGCAGCCCAAACCAAGUCCACCUUCCUCAAAUUGGCUGGUCCUCAGUUGGUGCAAAUGUUUAUUGGUGACGGUGCCAAAUUGGUGCGAGAUGCGUUUGCUCUGGCAAAGGAAAAGGCUCCAGCAAUUAUCUUCAUUGAUGAAUUGGAUGCCAUUGGAACCAAAAGAUUCGAUUCAGAGAAAGCAGGUGAUCGUGAAGUGCAGCGAACUAUGUUGGAGCUGCUGAACCAGCUUGACGGCUUCAGCUCUACUGCUGACAUCAAAGUAAUUGCUGCAACCAACCGAGUGGAUAUUUUGGACCCUGCCCUCCUGAGAUCAGGCCGAUUGGAUAGGAAAAUUGAGUUCCCCCAUCCCAAUGAAGAAGCCAGAGCGAGAAUCAUGCAGAUCCACUCGAGAAAAAUGAAUGUCAGCCAGGACGUGAACUUUGAAGAACUGUCAAGGUCCACGGAUGACUUCAACGGAGCCCAGUGCAAAGCUGUUUGUGUUGAGGCUGGUAUGAUUGCCUUGAGACGUGGAGCUACGUCUGUGACACACGAAGACUUCAUGGACGCCAUCAUGGAAGUCCAAGCAAAGAAGAAGGCCAACCUGAACUACUAUGCUUGAAUGUGUCUAUUCACAAUUUAUUCAAAACUCUCAAUUCAAAUAUUAAUUAGUGUGUAUGAAUGAGUAUUUUCUAAUUUCCUGGGAGCAUGAAAUAAAAUCUUGUUUUCAAGUAAACAGUAAAAAUA